CCCCAGAUUCCCCAGCGCUGGCUCACAUGGCAGCCGCCUGGGCGCCCGGCCCUGCGACCAGCUAGGGGCGGCCCAGCGCCCCGGCCCAGCCCCUCAGCUGAGUCCGUCGGAUCCGGCCUCGCUCUGCGCCCCGGGGCGCGCCGCCUCCCAGCCCGAGGUGUCCGCACGUCCGGCGGUCCGUCUGUCCCUCCCGGGGCCGGCGCUGACCAUGCCCAGCGGCUGUCGCUGCCUACAUCUCGUGUGCCUGUUGUGCAUCCUGGGGGCACCCGUAAAGCCUGCCCGAGCCAAUGACUGCAGCUCCCACUGUGACCUGGCCCAUGGCUGCUGUGCACCUGAUGGCUCCUGCAGGUGUGACCCAGGCUGGGAGGGGCUGCACUGUGAGCGCUGUGUGAGGAUGCCUGGCUGCCAGCAUGGUACCUGCCACCAGCCCUGGCAGUGCAUCUGUCACAGUGGCUGGGCAGGCAAGUUCUGUGACAAAGAUGAGCACAUCUGUACCACACAGUCCCCCUGCCGGAACGGAGGCCAGUGCGUAUAUGACGGGGGCGGCAAGUACCACUGUGUGUGCCCACCGGGCUUCCACGGGCGUGACUGUGAGCGCAAGGCCGGACCCUGUGAGCAGGCAGGCUCCCCGUGCCGGAAUGGCGGGCAGUGCCAGGAUGACCAGGGCUUUGCCCUCAACUUCACAUGCCGCUGCUUGGCGGGCUUUGUGGGUGCCCGCUGCGAGGUGAACGUGGACGACUGUCUGAUGCGGCCUUGUGCUAACGGCGCCACCUGCCUGGACGGCAUCAACCGCUUCUCCUGCCUCUGCCCUGAGGGCUUUGCUGGGCGCUUCUGCACCAUCAACCUGGAUGACUGUGCCAGCCGCCCAUGCCAGAGAGGGGCCCGCUGUCGGGACCGGGUCCACGACUUUGACUGUCUCUGCCCAAGUGGCUAUGGUGGCAAGACUUGUGAGCUAGUCUUACCCGUCCCAGAUCCCGCCACCAUAGCGGACAUCCCCCCGGGGCCCACCUCGGCUGUGGUGGUACCUGCCACAGGGCCUGUUCCCCACAGCGGGGGCGCCGGUCUGCUGCGCAUCUCCGUGAAGGAGGUAGUGCGGAGGCAAGAGGCCAGGCUGGGCGAGUCUAGCCUGGUGGCCGUGGUGCUGUUUGGGGCUGUCACUGCCGCUCUGGUCCUGUCCACAGUGUUGCUGACCCUGAGGGCCUGGCGCCGGGGUGUCUGCCCCCCUGGACCCUGUUGCUACCCUGCCCCACACUAUGCCCCAGCGCGCCAGGACCAGGAGUGUCAGGUUAGCAUGCUGUCAGCAGGGCUCCCCCUGCCGCCUGACUUACCCCCUGAGCCUGGGAAGACCACAGCACUGUGAUGGAGAUGGGGGGCUUUCCUGGCCCCUCCUUCACCUCCUCUGCCACUCAGACUAGAUUGGCCCUUUCUCGCCACCCCUCAGCUGGUAUACACAACACUGAGGGACCUCAGCCUCAUGCCAGAAAUAUUAUUUUUUUAAUACACAGAGUGGAAGAUGGAAUUUUAUCAAAUAAAACUAUGGAAGUGCA